AUGGAGCGGGGGAUCUAUGGCAUUGGUGGAAUUUUGUCUGUCUCGAAGGAAUUGCGAGUGCUGUGGAGUGAACCUUACCUUUCCAGACUUUGGUGCGUCUUUGAGCUGGCAGCAUUUCGGAAAGCCAAUCCCGGUGGGAAGAUUACCUUAGCGCCACUUUUUGUGGAAGGUGCAGUUGCAUGCAUUUGGAUUCUCUUCACCGUCACCAGCUUCAUCUAUUUAUUUCUAGUCGCCUUGCGGUGCCACAUUAUCUGCCAAUCAUCGCCAAGCUCAUCGCACAGCUCAUCGCACAGCUUAUCGCACAGCAUAUCGCAGGGCUUAACUUUCGACGACCUGACGGAAUCGCUCCUGCCGGCUUUGCCUGUCUUGGUUGCGGCGCAUUUUCUGCGUGGGCAUUAUGUGGCGAAGCACAAACUGUCGUCGGACCUUGAACACUUUGAUCUGGGUUCUGUUCAAUGCUCCAGCGAUUUCGAUCGCAAGUUCAUCUAUGAAGCCAUCUCCACUUGGUAUGGCAGUGUUGCCAACUUCACCGACUUCGUUCAAGACGAUCUGCGGGAAGAACUUGUCACACCCAUUUUGUCGAGCAGUAUGCCUUUGGCGUACUAUUUGGUCCUCGUCACUCCAAGCCUCAGCGUGUAUCUGGAGAUUUUCCUUGCCCUCUGGAAAGGAGGUGCCCCGUCUGACGUGAUGAUUUCGCACGUGCUGGCAUUUCUGUUGGGCUAUUGCCUCUGCUGGUGUCCCGCCUACCUCGCCCUGUUCAUCUUCCUUUGCGACCGCCUCUCGGUCGACAGGGACCGUUUGCAAUCCUUUGCGAUUGGCAUGAUUGUGUUGAUUCUAUCUGAUGCAGGCAACAUUGCAGCUAGAUAUUGCUUUGAGCAAGGGCUAUAUCACUCCCUGAUCUGGGCGGUGUUUGCUCUCGACGAUGGCGAUGUGCUGGUUUUCACGGAGGAAGAGAUCUUUCCGUGCAGAGAUUUGCAGAGAUUUCAGGACCAUAUGGGUGGAAAGGUGUUGGCCGGACACAUCAUAGGCUUCCCAGAUUUGAUAGAGAACCUGACAAUCAACAUGGGAACCCUGAAGAUAGACUGGCGAUCGCUGACGAGUUCCGGGCCAGAAAUUCGUGCACGGGUGUGGGAGACAAUGCGAUGGUCCAGGUUUGGUUCGGACACUGCUUUGAACCAGUCACUUGCG